AGCCUGGUCUAGAGCAGCAGCUCCGGGAUUUCGACACCGCUGGGCUCUGAAGCCAGUUGUUGGCGCUGUCCGUGGUGCUGAGGAAUUCCCGGCUGCGGGCAGAAUGAGCUCCGAACCAGCAGUCUGCAAACUGCUCUCAGUGAAGCAGAAAGCCAGCUAAAGUUGCUCCUCUCCUUCACGUCCACAGUUAGCGUUUUCCGGCGUGGACGGGGGGAUUCAAGCAUCAUCCUGUGGACGGCGGUGAUGGCCCUGCCGGCGGGGCGGGCUGCAAGCUACAGCAUGCCGUUGCUGCUUGGGAUCCUCUGCGCCUAGCCAAAUCACCUCUCCUGCCCGAGCAAACCCUGUGUGAGUGAACUCAUGUGUGGAGGAGGCGUACGCAGCCGGAAAAUUUCAUAGAAGGAUCUAAGAAACUGCUAACAAUAAGUUCAACAUGAUUCUGCUACCGGGGUCUGGAUUUCUACAGGACCAGCAUCGCUUCUUGCUUUGAAUUCUGAAGACGGGUCCAAAGCCAAUUUCUUAUGUAUGUCUGCUGUGUUUCCUUCUGGAAGGGCGGGAGACUGCUUCUGGACUGUGUUUUGAAAUGGGAGGUAGAGAGAAUGGAUUGCCUUUAAUUCAUGCCUGAAAAUGUAUUCUUUGGGUAAUUAAAAAGAAGCUGCUUUCCUAAAACAUAAUUGACCUUUUAGUUCAUCCUGGGCUGUGACCCCUAUCGCCACCAUUAACCUCCAGAGUGAUUAGCCUACCCCUCUUGUAUUCCCAUGGAAGGAGCUGAGUGUAUUUAAUAUUAGGAGCACAUCCAGAAGUCUUUGAGGAGGGGGAUGGCUCUUCAUAUUCAUGAAGCUUGCAUACUUCUGUUGGUCAUCCCUGGAUUGGUCACCUCCGCUGCCAUCAGUCAUGAAGACUACCCUGCUGAUGAAGGUGACCAGAUCUCCAGUAAUGACAAUCUGAUUUUUGAUGACUAUCGAGGGAAAGGGUGUGUGGAUGACAGCGGCUUUGUAUACAAGUUGGGAGAACGAUUUUUCCCAGGGCACUCCAACUGUCCAUGUGUCUGUGCUCUAGAUGGACCUGUUUGCGACCAGCCAGAAUGCCCUAAAAUUCACCCAAAGUGUACUAAGGUGGAACACAAUGGAUGCUGUCCAGAGUGCAAAGAAGUGAAAAACUUUUGUGAAUAUCAUGGGAAAAAUUACAAAAUCUUGGAGGAAUUUAAGCCCUCUCCAUGUGAAUGGUGUCGCUGUGAGCCCAGCAAUGAAGUUCACUGUGUUGUAGCAGACUGCGCGGUUCCUGAGUGUGUCAACCCAGUCUAUGAACCAGAACAAUGUUGUCCUGUCUGCAAAAAUGGUCCAAACUGCUUUGCGGGAACUACGAUAAUUCCAGCUGGCAUUGAAGUGAAAGUGGAUGAAUGUAACAUCUGUCACUGUCACAACGGGGACUGGUGGAAACCUGCUCAGUGCUCAAAACGUGAAUGCCAAGGCAAGCAGACUGUGUAGGACAAACUUCCCACCAAUGACGAGUUCCUAGGAGAGGAUGCUCUGGCUUCUACACUGCACAUGUUUAACACAAAACAAAACAACAAACUCCUGCCAGCUACAGCAGGGUCACCAGCAAAACCUUUUAGGGUUGACAAAAGUGAAUAUUUUACUAAGAGGAAAUUUCUCUCUUGCUAUAUAGUAUAUAUAUAUAGUAUAUAGCUAUCUAAAUCACUUUUGUAUUUACAAAUGCUUGAUGGUGACUUGACAACUGGAUUUCUGGAACAAAAAGAAAGAAAUAGCCUUGCACAGGCUCCUUCUCUGGUGAAGCCUCUGCCCCGCCAGCCCAUUGUCCCCUGCUCUGCUCCAUUUUUACUCUUCUGUACAUCCUGCAUAGCAUUUUUCUCUUGUGAUUUAUUUUUUUUAACCUUUAGAGUCUAAGAAGCCAGUUCUGACGGCACAGUAAAGUUCUUGAGUUGUGUAAAGAAAAGGUUUGGUGAGGAAUGUCAUGGGAAAGCUCUUUCCAGACCAGGAAGGCACAAGGGCAUUCGACCAAUCGCUCCCCUAGAGUGGACCAGGCCCUGUAGACUAAGAAAGGAGGGUGGAUAUAGAGAGGGGCCCACUACUGGACAGGAUGGGGAACAGGUAGUUUGUCCACGAGGUGCAGGUUCACAAUUAAUGCUUACAAACCACGCAUUUCAUAUGCAAAACCUUGAAACUGCCAAUUAAAAACUAAUAUGUGCAGAACACCAUGAGCUUGACUAAAGUAUCCAAAGAGAGACAGAUAAUUAAAGUUACGGCACCAACCAUCAGACUUCUCAUGAUGCUCAAAUUAAGUUUGGCUUGUAACUAAUACACUCGAAACCCUCCCUGUCAUCAGGCAAUAUAAAUACCAGAACCAGGGCGACUAGCCCCACUGUGAAUUUGAAUCCUUCCGGACACUUCUGGCUUGUGAGUUCAGAUUUGACUGAAAGCCAAUAGUUCACAUCGGUGGUUUUUAUGGUUCGGGACUGGGUUUGCCAUGUUAUAGUAACAACCGCUCAGCCCUAUAUCUAAAACACAGAUUCAGGACACUCUUUCCACCUCAAGUGCUGAUUUAAAUUAAAGAUUAGGGUAGAGUGAAUCUUGCACAAUACAAUCCCAUUUGUUGAACAUUUUUUAAAAUGUAUAUAUUAGAUAUCGAACAAUUAAAGUGAACCUUUGAAGAGUCUCCAGGUUGUGCCCUGGUAAUGCUGCUAGUUUAGUAACAGAAAAAAAAUAAAAUACACAGGGUAUCUGAUGCCAUCUCAACACAAGUGCAAAAUUAGCAAUUCUGAAACCACAUGGCAUAGUUAGUUGCUUAGUCCACUCUCCUGUCCUAGACACCCUGGUGCAAAUCUGACAGGUCCUUGAAGAAAUUUUAAGGUUGUCUUCAUUAUCACUGUUCUUCCUUUGUCUGUUCCCCCAGCCUGGGCUUUGCCAUGGCUCCUGUGGAGCACACCUUCUAGAGCAGGGGGUCCCCACGUUAGUAUUUGUACUAUCAACAUGCUGGGCCGCACAAUCAUUUGUGGGGGCUGCCCUGUGCACUCUUAGGAUAUCUGGUAGCAUCACUGGCCUCUAUCCACUAGGUGCCAGUAGCAACACCCCAGCUGUGACAACCAAUGUCUCUAGACAUUGCCAACGUCCUCAAGGAGAGGGGAUGGGAGGUAAAAUUUCAUCUGGCUGAGAACCAGAGGUCUAGAAUAAUCAGUAUAGAGUGGUUUCUAUCAGGGGAGAUACCAGGCCAGCUCUUGCUGCACCUGUGGCUUUGGUGAGCCUCUGAGCCCUUUGGGACACGCACAGACAGCAGCCUGGAGGGGUCAAUCUUCUCUAUAGAGAGUGACACCUCUAAUGCCAUAGGUCCACCCUCAAGACACAUAUUUCUUUAGUCUUGUCAACCGGUUUUUCAUUUAAAAUUGUCAGCCUCUCCACCCUGAAAGCAUGUCCUGUCAUCAAGAAAGAGUUGUCAUUUCCAAAACUAAUGUGCUGACGAGUUGGACCUGACACUUUCACGCACACUGUGCUUGUGUUAUGAUACAAAUAGCCAUGCCGGCACCAUCCUGAGGAAGAACAGCAAGCCGCCUUCCCUUAGAACACCAAUUUGCAGCAAGGUUGGUGCUUUUCAGUUGCCACCAUGGAUACAUCAUAUAGACAGUCCUGAAUCAUUCAUGAACAAUGCUGCAUGAUUUAUGUCUGCACUCAAAACUAAAGGCAUUCCACACUUCAGCUCGUGUCUAGACAGAGACAUAUUAUAGAGCAUUCUUUGCCCUGAGGUUGCCUGUUGCCAGCUUCAAAAAUCCACACUCUUGGAAAGUAAUAAUAAUAAUAAUAAUAAAUGACAAGAAUAAGGUUUGAAACUCAGAAACUAUCAUUAAUAGAGCCAUGUAGCAUAGAACCUUAUCCAUUAUUAAGGAGUUACUAUGUCCUUUUUAGAAAACAGAAAGAGGACAACCGGGAAGCCGAAGUACAGAAAUUUUGCAUCAAAGUGUUGGUACAGUGAUAGUCACAGCAAGGAUUUACUAGAAUGGAGCAUUACAUCCAUCUGGAAACUCUCUCCGGAGAUUUUGCAGAAAGCAGGCUGCUUACUUGCCUCCAUUACCAGCUAGAGAGAGGGGUUUUUAUUGUUGUCGUUACUGUUGGAUUAAUUUUUUUCACAAGCUGUUUCCUUUCAGAUUUUGUAGCACUGACAUGUUUCCUCCUUUAAGGAGUGAAGAACCUAUACUGUGACUGAGUUUCUCAUAAACUGACAAACAUUUUACAACGGCCUUCUACCCAGGUCAUUGAGAAAUUCUUCCCAAACUCUCAAUAGCAGAGUUCUGAUCUUCUCAUCUGUUGUGUUCUUCUUUUGAAGGCUUUGUUGGCAGCCUCACUGUCACCUCUGUACUCUUGUUUCUUCUCCACCUUUGGUUCUCGGCUUUAACUACAGCUGUGUUUAAAUAAAGGAGCGACAUCCUGUUUGUCAGCUGAUGCCUAUUAAAAAUGAUUCAGUUUCUAAAAUCUUUGGAAAAUGGUGUGCCUGAAAACUAGUGAGAAAAAAAAAAAAACCUAAACUGUAAAAAGGGGAUUCUAGCAACAAUAUUUGAUGUGUAAAAGAAUAUAUUAUUAAAAAAAUUAUUUUGUUAAAUAUAAAGUGUGUUAACCAGCAA